AUGUUGUCUAAGAUCGCGCGGUCAUCUCGCUCAGUUGCGCCCCUUCACCUGAGGACCAUCACACAGCGUGGUUUCCGUCCAGCCGUGCUUCCAUCUAUCGAGUCGGAAGUUCGCAAAGACUCGCGCAGGAAGAUUUCUGGCUUGAAUACAAAUUCUCUUGACGCCGAGGCUGUCCCAGUAGUCGAGGAGCCAACCAAAGUUCCGAGGCGCAUGGCGAGCUCUUACCCUUCCGCUCAGACCUCGCGAGCUUCUGUUACUAAGGCUGUUGGCCCUCCUACCGGAAUCCUACCUGGCUCCAAUACCGAGAACACAGGGAGGGGUCAUCUCGAGGACUUCCUAUUUGGAUCAGAAACAAAUCAAGCACAGAGCUUGGGAGACUCGUCUGCCCAGAAUCCCACACAGGCUACGGUAUCGUCGCAGCUGCUGCCGUCCUCGGAGACCGACUAUGUGAUCGACCCAAUCACCAACCGGAAGGUUUAUAAGGUUGAAACUCCGACCGCUUUGGGCGAUGCUCUCGCUACGCCUGCCAUCAAGUCGCAAUUCUCUGGUGUAGAGUCAACGCCAAAGUCGGAUCCAUCCCCAUUAGUCUACUCGCCAGUAUUUGAUCCCGAAUUUCCCAUCACACAACAGGAACUUCAGGGAUAUGCUCAGCCCCGUAUGGAUUCAGACCCUACCGGCAGCGACGGCCGCCGCAGUGGUAAUGUCUACUGGCAUCAUGCAAAUGGUGUCACCACCAAGGGCUACUUGAAUAUGUCAAAUUCAGAAAAGUACGAUGAUCUAUCAAAGUACAAGCCAGUCAUGGAGAAAGCACCAAUUACUCCCAAAGAUCCCACCGAGGAAUACCAGGACCUUGAGCAGUACCAGCCGGUGAUGACAGGAAGGACUCCAGUUACUGAGAAUCCAUCAGCUGAGUACGAGGAUCUGGACAAGUACAAGCCAGUGCUAGUGGAGAGGACUCCAGUUGCUGAAGACCCUUCGAAGGAGUACACCGAUCUUGACCAAUACACACCUGUGCCAGAUGUCAAGCAGACGCCAAACCCUCAUGAGAAGGAAGUCUACAAAGACCUUCCCGGUUAUUCUGCGGCUCAUCCUGACGUAGAAACUUCCCCAAACCCUUACGAAAAGGAAGCAUACCUAGAUUUGCACCUAUACGCAAUGGCUUUCCCUGACGUUGACGUCGCCCCCAAUCCAUACGAGAAGGAGGUCUACACCGAUUUGCAUCUCUACCAGGGGGGCUUUGCGUACUGCGAGCCCGAUGGUAAGCCCCUGGCUCCAAACCCAUGCGAAAAAGAGGCAUACUCGGAUCUGGACACAUACUACGCAUUUCGCUACAACGAACCCGACGGAAAGCCUACAGAAGCCAAUCAAAUGGAGAAGGAGAAGUACACGGACCUAGAACACUACUCUCAAGGCUAUCGUGCCAGUGAGCCUGACGGCCGCUACGCGCUUCGGGAUACCAAUGUCAAGAUGAGCGAGUCUGAUCUUGAUCGGGAAACAAAGGCCCUGAACAUCGGCUACACUGAGCCUGGCUCAGAAGGUCCCAUCAGCAAAGUCGCUCGUGCCGUGAGCAACAUGUUCGUGAACAACACACCUCAGGUGUAUGAAAGAUCAUGGGGCCUGACACGUGACGGCAACCUUUCGAAUUGUAAAGAUUUCAAGAUUAUCUCUUCCCCCAAAUUGAAUCGAGGACCCCAACUGACUGGUUCAAAAGAAGAAGCGGAUGAGUACGGGUACACCCUCAAGCCUUUGGGUCUCGAAACUUCUUACGCAGACGAAUGCAAUGGGCGAUCGACCUGGCCUACUUUUACUAGGAUAUACGGCAUUCCUGAUGGUGUUCCUCCUCCGGCUUCGGAUGCUGCCAAGAGCAGAGAUCUCUUCAACGCAAUGCCAUCCGCCUCUUCGCCGCAGCCAUCUUCUACAACAUCGUCUGCGGCCCCUUCGUCUGAUUCAAACCCAACUUGUUCUUCUGUGUGUACAACUUACAAGGUUCUGGCAUACGAUCCAACAACACAAACAGUCGAGAUGGCCCAGACAACAUCAACAGUGUCUGAUAACACUACAGGUCUGCCGCCAUCAGAGGCAUUGGUGCGGCUUGCGCAUCCAACCAAGUUCUUCCCCUACUUCGCGCCUCUCCAAGAUCAAGGAUUCGAGAUUGUGUCUGGUAGUGGCGAUUUGCUGGUAUUUCGAAAAAGCCGCCAAACUACACUCGUUGAAGAAGUUCCGUUUACACAAACCCCCCGCGUCAAUCCCAUCGACAUGACUGGAGCGUCCACUGUUUCUUCGGCGGCGACGGCAUUUCUGUCACCGACGGGGUUUUCCCGCUAUGAGCCGGAUCCCGAUCCUAUCAAUGAUCAGAGGCCGCCUCCACCACGGAGAUUCCAGCCUGGAAUUGGGCAGGGAGCUACCACCGUUCAUACUGCAGAGCACUUCUCUUCGACUUGGUCGGAGACCAACAAAUCGACCAAAUCAUCCCGGCAUAUCACGAAGAAAAUCAUAGUUGGAGCAAGUUCAGCUCUCGGUAUCGCAUACGCAGUCGCAGUUGUAGGCGAAUUCUUCAAGUCCAACGAUGGCAGAGGACCUAAGCGGUUGUGA